AUGGCGCCUCUCCUCGCGCUGCUCUUCAUGUCCGCCAUUCUUGAGGCUGCAGGAGCGGGCAAUGACAGCUCGUCGCAGAGCGUGUUCAGCCUCGACCGCUACGGCGCCCGUGGCGACAGGAGGCACGACGACACGCAUGCGCUAGAAAUGUCGUGGAAGGCGGCGUGGGCCUCACCACGCCCGGCCGUCGUGCUCGUCCCCAACGGCAGGCGCUACCUGCUCAAGCUCGUCACCCUCCGUGGCCCGUGCAAGUCCAGCGUCACGCUCACGGUGAAGGGCACGCUGGUGGCGUCGCCGGACAGGGGUGGACUGGAGCGACAAGGACAGAAGGCACUGGAUCGUGUUCCGAAGGCCUUGCAAGGAAGCUCCAACGGCUUUGUCAUUCCACUACUGCACCAAUCUGAGAGUGGACAAUCUGAAAAUUGUGAACAGCCAGCAGAUGCACAUGUCAGUCGAGGAUUGCACGGAUGUGCUAUUGGCACGGUUAUCCAUGACAGCGCCUGCCACGAGCCCCUAAUACUGACGGCAUCCACAUCACUCGGAGCAAUGAUGUACGGGUCACAAACUGCAAGAUCAAGACCGAUUUUGUUUUUCCUGUUGAAUUUUACAGGGGACGACUGCAUGUCGAUCGAGAACGGGACUCAUAACCUUCAUGUCUCUAAAGUUGUUUGUGGUCCGGGGCACGGGAUUAGCAUUGGGAGCUUAGGAGACGACUACUCGAGAGCCGAAGUCUCCGGCAUCACCAUAGAUUCAGUGCAACUUCACGGUGCGACCAACGGAGCACGCAUCAAGACGUACCAGGGAGGAAGUGGGUACGCCAAGGACAUCACGUUCCAAAACAUGGCCAUGUACGGUGUCAAGAACCCAAUAAUCAUCGACCAGCACUACUGUGACAAGGCUAAGCCAUGCGUUGAACAAAGAUCAGCAGUGCAGGUUAGCAAUGUUGUCUUCAAGAACAUUAGAGGGACAACCAUCACCAAGCAUGCCAUCAAGAUGAACUGCAGCAAGAAUGUGUCCCAUGCCAUGGCAUUACCUUAA